AUGUUCACCGUUGUUCAUUCAGAUAGAAAAACUUUCUUAAUUCUUGGUCCGAAUGGAUAUUACCUCGAAAUCACGAUUUCAGAUGAUAGAAAUCGUAUUGGAAAUUUUAAUGCAUUUUCUCUUUUUCAAGAUGAUUUGGAAAAGGAAAUUGAAAUAAAAUCUUAUCCGUCUCAUUUUGAUAAUUUCUUCAAAAACAUCGGCGUUAUUUGGGAAUACGCUCCGAAAUCCAUUAAGAAGGAAUACAAACUACUCUCGGACGAACUUGAACGAAAAUUUUCGAAUCUUGAAAUAAAAAGUCGGGAACUUAUGGUAACUAGUCCUAAGAAAAAGUUGAGCCAUGAAGUAGAUGAUGGAACUUCUUCCUCAAAGCAUGAAGGAAACAUUAGAGAAAAUAAAAAUGUUUCUUAUAUGGAUUCGGGCGAUGGUCUUGUUCAAUUUCCGCAUAUCUAUUCGGUUUCCACAUCCGCAAUUUAG